ACCCUCUUCACCUUCCCAGAAUUCUCCUAGUAUCUUCCUAGUAUCUAUCUUUCCUAAAGCGAAUAUAUUGCAUCUGCUAGUAUGCCUCCGCGUAAGAGGCACGUUGAGACAAUUGAUCUCACCGGCGAUGAUGACGAUGACUUCCCACGCUCCUCGCAGCCAUCAUCCACCCCAUACUCUUCCCAAGGAUAUGCCGUCUCUCACGCGUCUUCAUCCCAACCAGGACGUCCACGUCCAUCCAAGCAGGCGCGCACCGGCUAUAAUAACCGCACCCCCAGCUCCUCAUCCCAACCCCAAUCAAGCUCCCAAUCCCGCCCAGGCGCCCCCCAAUCGCAGCCCUACGUCUUCGAGGACGACGAAGAAGACGAUGGCUCCCAGGAAGUUCCGGACUCAACGCAGGCACCCAGCAACCGUGAAUACGACUACGUCUUCUACGGGCCCAUGCACGCGAAGAUCGUAGGAAUCCGCUACUAUUCCGGCUACGCGACCAUGGGCGAGAUGGUGAUUGUCCGCCGCGAGCCAGAGAACGCGUACGACAGCAACGCGAUCCGCGUGCUGAACGUCCAGGGCGAGCAGAUCGGGCACAUCCCGCGGACCAUUGCGGCGAAACUCGCGCCGUACAUGGAUGACCGGUCGCUGAGGGUCGAGGGGAUUCUGACGGGCGAGAAGGGGUUCUACGAUUGUCCGGUGGAUCUGUUCCUCUACGGCACGAAUGAGCCGGUCGAGAGGAUGAAUCUCGUCCAGAGGAUGAAGGAUAGUAAGCUCCCCGUCAAGUCUGUCGUCGACCGCCAGCGGAGGGAGGAGAAGGAGAGGAAGGAGAGGGAGAAGCUGGCGGCGAAGGCGGCGAAGGAGGCGAAGAAGAAUGGCGAGGCCGUAGUCGAUGCGUUCCAGGCUUGGGGGGAGAAUCCGUUGGGUGAGUUUGCGGGUGGGGGGUCACAGGGCAUGGGGCCUGGGCCGAGUAUGGAGGAUAUCAUGGGUGGUAGUCAGCGGUUUAAUCCGAGGAAUGUCGAGGAGAUUGUGGAGCAGUACGGUAUCAAGGAGAAGGAUUUGGAGGCCAUACCCAAGGCUGAACAGCCUGCUGCCCUCCUCACUGAACUCCAUCCCUUCCAGCUUCAAGGUCUUCAGUGGAUGCUGGACAAGGAGAGUCCGGAGUUGCCUGCUGCUGGAAGCGGCAAGGUGGUCCAGCUCUGGCAACGCCAUGCUAGACAGGCCAAUGUCUUCACCAACGUCGCCACGAAUUUCUCCUUGGCCAAUCCUCCACUGGCUUCUGGUGGCAUUCUUGCCGAUGAUAUGGGCCUUGGAAAGACAAUCCAGGUCAUCUCGCUCAUAAUGGCAGACCGAGCGCUCGGCCGGCGUCAUUCAGAUACCGCAGAUUCGACUCUGAUAUUAGCCCCUGUCUCUGUCAUGAGCAAUUGGAGCACUCAGAUGGCCAAGCACAUCAAGGAGGAAUACGCUCUACGCAUCAUGUUCUACCACGGAACCAGGAAGCAAAAGAUCGACCCGAAGGAAAUUAAGAAUUACGAUGUGGUCAUCAGCACCUACGACUCCGUGUCUUCCGAGUACCACUCUGUGAAGAACACUGCAGUUCCACGGAAAACGGGUGUCUUCUCUGUGAAAUGGCGCCGGAUCAUUCUAGACGAAGGGCACAACAUCCGUAACCCUAAGUCCAAGAGGGCCGUCGCUGUAACGCAGAUCAUGGCUCAGUCCAAAUGGGCGCUAACAGGCACUCCUAUCAUCAAUACUCUGAAGGAUUUGUUCUCCCUCGUCAAGUUCAUUGGCCUCUCUGGCGGCUUGAGCCAGCUUGAGAUCUUCCACGGCGCAAUUAUCCGGCCUGUCGCGCAGGGUGAUACUCGAGCCAACAAGACACUGCAACAGCUCAUGGGUGAUAUCUGUCUCCGCCGUAAGAAAGAGAUGGCAUUCAUCGACCUUCGCCUCCCCGAGCUCUCCGAGUACGUCCACCAUAUCAAGCUGUUGCCCCACGAACAGGAGAAGUACGAUGCCCUAGAGGCCCAGGCCAAGGGAACGCUCGACGUCUACCGCAAGAACCUCAACGGACGCAAGGACGCCGCAAACAUGUACCGCCAUCUACUCGAGGCCCUCCUCCGCAUGAGGCAGCUAUGCGACCACUGGAAGCUCGUCGGCGAAGAACGCCUCGCAUCAGUGAUGUCGCAGCUCGAAGAAGAAGGCAUUGUAGACCUGACGGACGAGAACAAAGUGGCCCUCCAAAAGAUGCUCCAACUCUCCAUCGACUCCCAAGAAGACUGCCCCAUUUGCCUCGACUCCCUCCGCGAGCCCGUCAUAACGCGCUGCGCCCACGUCUUCUGCACACCCUGCCUCGAGCGCGUCAUCGAAACCCAACACAAAUGCCCCAUGUGCCGCGCGGAGCUCGAAUCCCUCCCCUCCACGACCGUGAAACCUGCCAAAGAGACCAUCGCCCCUCCACAACCCUCCCAAGCAGACCUGACCUCCCUCUCCACCUCGACGUCCUCCAAAACCGAAGCCCUGCUCUCCAUCCUCCGCGCCACCGCCCAGCAAGACCCAACCAACAAAACGAUCAUCUUCUCCCAGUGGACCUCCUUCCUCGACAUCCUGGCCCCGCACAUCACGGCCGCGGGCUUCAAGACUACGCGAAUCGACGGCUCCAUGUCCGCGACCCAGCGCGACGCCGCGCUCGCGGCCCUCGACUCCGACCCUGACACGACGGUGAUGCUGGCGUCCCUGGCUGUCUGCUCCGUCGGGCUCAACCUCGUCGCUGCCAACCACGUCAUCAUGUCCGACUCGUGGUGGGCGCCGGCGAUCGAAGACCAGGCCGUCGACCGCGUGCACCGCCUCGGCCAGAAGAGGGAGACGAAGGUUUUCAGGCUGGUCGUCGAGGGGAGUAUCGAGCAGCGCGUGCUGGGGAUCCAGGAGGAUAAGAGGAAGUUGAUGGGGUUGGCGUUUGCGGAGAAGGAGGGCGAGAGGAAGAGGAAGGGGAACAGGAGGGCGGGCGCGGGUCUCGCGGAUUUGCAGCGGUUGCUUGGGGAGGCGUCGCAGGCUUCUCAGGCUUCUUAGGUGUAGGGAUGGUGGAUGUUGUUUGCUAGGCUUUUUUUUUCUUUUUCUUUUCCAAAAAAGGGCGUUUAUAUAAUAUGGUAGAUAUCAGGUAUCAGAGUAUAAGGUAUAGGGAUAAGAACCGGAGUUAUAGGCAUGAAAAGAUAGGUUCACAUUCAAUACAACAAGUA